CAUUUAAGAUAUAGGCCUAUAUUUUAUGUCCAACAAACAUGUUUCUUCGGUGGAGGUUUAGUCUUCCUCAUUCUCUCCCUCUGAAUAUCCCUGAAUAUUUUCGUUAGCCUCAGUCAGUAGUGAGUAGUGCGUAGUUGCGCUCUGCACUUAAUCGCGUGGAGCUCUGGGUAACCGUUACCAAAUUGUCUUGGAUAACCGCAGCCGUACAUUUCUCUUUGUACCUGUGGACACCUUCGAGCCGAGAACACUCACUGCGAAGUACUCCGUUUUUGCCGCUUUUCCAGAAUUUCUCUUGAAUGCACGGGUGGAUGUUUUGCAGUCAAGGACUCGAGGGGACAGAUUCAGCACCACAUCUUUGAAUAGCUCCUUUUUCCCCGUCGGCGAGUUUACCUUCUGGAUGGGCACUAUUUGUCUUCUUCUCUUGUAUAGCUCGUAACUGCUGGCUACUGUUUGCAAUGGCAUCACACGGAUUUUGGUCUCUUGGUGCGGAGAAUGCAGGCGACAAUACAGGCAAUCAAAGCCCCAGUACGACUAGGGCUUGGUGCCAGGCGGCGGCCCAAAAAUUAUCCGGAUCCGGUGGCAUUGGAUCGAAAUUGUGUGCUCUACUCAAUGUUGGAGAAGCUGAGAAACCCACCGAACCGUCUGCCAAAGAGCCCGAGACAACGGCUGAAACCUGCGGCUGCAAUAAACCGUGUAAUUGUUCCAAGGCGGCUGUCGGUUUUUCCGACCUUUACUCAACAGACCUGCUACCCGCGUUGAAUGGGGACACCAAGACAAUGACAUUUCUUCAAGAAGUUGUGGAUAUUUUGUUGGCAUAUAUCGUGGAAUCUUUUGACAGAGAAACGAAAGUCAUAGAUUUUCACUAUCCCAAUGAAUUACUUCAGAGGAACAACUGGGAACUAUCGGAUGAACCAGAAACACUGGAUGAUAUCUUGAUAAGCUGUCGUGCCACACUGAAAUACGCCAUCAAAACAGCACAUCCCAGGUACUUCAAUCAGCUCUCUACAGGAUUAGACAUGGUUGGGCUAGCAGCAGACUGGCUCACGUCCACCGCCAAUACCAAUAUGUUCACCUAUGAGGUGGCUCCUGUCUUUGUGCUGCUGGAAUACGUCACACUGAAGAAGAUGAGGGAGAUCAUUGGCUGGCAGGAUGGACGAGGGGAUGGCAUCUUCUCUCCUGGUGGUGCUAUUUCCAACAUGUACGCCAUGCUGCUGGCUCGCUUCAAGAUGUUUCCUGAAGUGAAGGAGAAAGGAAUGUCAUCUGUCCCCAGACUGGUGGCCUUCACGUCCGAACAUAGCCAUUUCUCGAUCAAAAAGGGUGCCGCGGCCUUAGGCAUUGGAACGGAGAGUGUCAUCUGCAUCAAAGUGGAUGAAAGUGGUAAAAUGAUCCCAGCUGACCUUGAAAGGAGAAUACUAGAAGCCAAACAGAAGGACUUUGUGCCGUUCUUUGUGAGUGCCACUGCUGGCACCACGGUGUACGGAGCCUUCGACCCUCUUAUCCCCAUCUCUGACAUCUGCAAGAAGUACAAUGUCUGGAUGCACGUGGAUGGUGCAUGGGGAGGGAGCCUGCUCAUGUCCAGGAGACACAGGUGGAAGCUGGAUGGAGUGGACAGGGCCAACUCGGUCACAUGGAACCCUCACAAGAUGAUGUCAGUUCCUCUCCAGUGCUCUGCCUUGCUGGUUAGGGAGGAGGGUUUGAUGCAGAACUGCAACCAGAUGCAUGCCUGCUACCUGUUCCAGCAGGACAAGCACUAUGACCUGUCCUACGACACUGGGGACAAGGCCUUGCAGUGUGGCCGCCACGUGGACAUCUUCAAGCUCUGGCUCAUGUGGAGAGCUAAGGGCACCAUUGGGUUUGAAUCCCAGAUUGACAUGUGUCUGGAGCUGUCUGAAUACCUGUACAACAAGAUCAAAGACAGAGAAGGAUACGAGAUGGUCUUUGAUGGAAAACCCCAGCACACCAACGUGUGUUUCUGGUACCUUCCUCCUGGGAUGCGCUUUCUGGAAGACAAGGAGGAGAAAAAGAAACGAUUGCACAAGGUGGCUCCAGUCAUCAAGGCCAGGAUGAUGGAGUACGGAACCACCAUGGUCAGCUACCAACCACAGGGGGACAAGGUCAACUUUUUCCGCAUGGUCAUCUCCAACCCUGCAGCCACCUUCCAGGAUAUCGACUUUCUAAUUGAGGAAAUCGAAAGGCUUGGGCAGGAUCUAUAAGACAAAUUGUCCCCUCAUUUUCCUCUAGGCGGAUGAAAUGUUUGUCGUGAAUGUACUGGUAACUAUUUUUCUUUCCUUCAAAGUCCCAAGGUAUAUAUGAAAAAAAGUAUAUUUGAGAAAAAGAUCUAUAGAAAUAUCCAUAUUUAUGUAUUGUAGCUUUGUUGUGGGCCAACUAGGUCUAGAGCUCUGUAAAAGUGCUUCUGUCUGCCUUUCUUAGUAUAAAGUAGAGCAAUCAAUGUAAUAUUUCUAUGUAUUUUUGUGAUAUAAGAUGCUAGUGCAAUAGGUUGAUGAGGAGAAGGUUAUUUUCUAAUCAUUCUCAUUUGCCAGAUAUUGUAAGUGCCAAAUGUGGUUGUGUGCUAUUGUACUCUACAAUGUAGUCGUUUAUGUUAAAAAAGAACACUUCAGCUUGUCUCAACUCAGUCAACUGCCUUUACAUUAGCAUAUUUCAACCAGUAGUCUCAAUAGUCUUCGUCUUUUGGCUCUAAAAGAGUGAUUUGCUGAUACUGUAUCAGACGUCUACAAAUCCAAAUGGAUUUUUUUCAGUGUCUGACGUUUCCAAAUAUGUAUUAGUGGAGAACAUGAAAUGUUGAAUAUGGAAAAAAGUGGGAUUGUAAGGAUAAUCAUAUAUGGAAUUAAGUCCUUUACAGCAAAAGGUAUUUUCACUCGGUCACUGAAAAAGCUCCUGGAGUUCCAUAUGCUCAACACACCAGGCAAAUUCAUGUUCAUUAUGAAUGCACUUUGUGUUGUAUGACCUGCUUUUAAAGCUUCAGCUAUUAUUUAAUUGCACUUCGAGGUCUCUAAUUGUGGAUAUAGAAUGUGAGCCAUUUAUUUGAUGUCAACUGUCAAUAAGAAGAUAUGGAGGUUGACGGGCUCAUCAUAUAUUUAAAGACAGCAAAGCUACCCUUUAAGGCAGGGGUCUCCAACCCUGUGGCUGGAGAGCUACCUGCCAGUUGGCUUUUGCUCCCAUCACACUUAUUGGACCUGGUUUGACACUAAUUACCCAAUCCACCAGCUAAUUAUUAGAAUCAGGUGUGCCUAGACUAGUGUUGGAGGGAAAGCUACAGGAGGUAGCUCUGCAGGAGCAGGGUUGGAGACCCCUACUUUAAGGGUUGUGUGUGUUGUUGUCAUGCUCAAGGACCGAAGCCUGCAGUAGAAAGUCAAGCCGUCUGAGCCGUCGAUUUAUAACAAAGAACUUACAGAUGGAGGUAAAUUACAUUCAUUUUGUUUACAGUAUAGGCUAGACACAUCACCAGAUUUGCAGCCAUACCUGACAUCACUUGCACUAAAAAACAGCAGGGGAAAGAAGAUCAUCCCUUAUUACUAUAGUUACGGCAUCUAAUGUAUUCAUUCUCAAGCAAUAUUUCGAUAUGGGUCCAAUCUAAUGGCUAACAAACAAUAAGUAAAGUCUGUUCUUGUGAAAAUUGGGCGUUUUGUCUACUAAAAAAGUUUUAAAGUAGUCUGCAAAUUGUAGAAUCAAUAGCAAUUGAAAGUAGUCAGUCACAAACAUGAUUGAAAUUGAAGGCCAAGGGCGUUUAUUUGUCUGUAAUGCAAACCCUGUUUUGCCAAGCAGAGGUUUUGUAGCAUUGCCAUUAGAACACAUGUUAGAAAAGCACAAUUUGCUCAACAUGGUUUAUCAGUGUACAAUCACUUUAAUCAUAGACUGUAAAUAGAAUUUUCAAAUGUCAUACGUACAUAUCUGUGUGUAUACAUAUGUGUAUAUAAGGCAUUUAACCAGAGACUAUUAUGUGAGGUAAAGUUAUUCAUAUUUUCUCUAUCCAACAAGGAAUAUCUGUAUUUUCAUCCUGUUGGUCAACAAUGCUUAUUUGUGUGCGUGUGUGUGUGUGUGUGUCCGAUACUUGACUUUUUUAGUGUAGCCCAUACUAGCUACUUCAAAGACAAAUGUGAUCAGGGACUGGCUUUAACACUUGGUUAUUGAAACUGAAUUCACCUUGAAAACUAUUUCAGAUUCUGACGACUGUGGUAUGGAUUUCAAAUGAAUAUGCAAAGCCCUUUUCCACACUGAUACCCUGUGUUCUUUUGUGCACAUGUGAUACUUGACAGUAUGAUUUAAUGUGUACUUGUGUGUUUUGUAAAUGUGUUGCCUUAGUAUCGAUCGCCAGUAUUGUCUAGUUCUCCUCAAAAGCGAGGUUGUGCACUUUAGAGUAUACGCAUAAGAUGAUCUAAUAACGUGCAAUGUCAAAUGGUUGUUCACAAGUGGUGAGAAAAAGACACAAAACAUAAUUAGUGUGUUGCAACUUCUGAGGUUCUGUUGGAAAAGAAAGUCGAGGUUUGAUUUAAAAAUUCUUGCUUUUGCUGUUUUGUCGAUUUUGUUGUUUGUAGAUAUGAUGUAGUUUCUCUAUGACCUGUUAUUAUGACUUCAUCGUAUAUUUACAGAGUACAUCCUAGAGUCUUUCUAAAGUACAUUAUACAAACCUUCCCUGUUGUAAUUGACUAACACACUGUGACACAAACAACAGAUGAAUCUCACUGUGGUAGUCAUGGAAAGUCAGCCAUUUUGUUUCUCUUGCUGCUGCUGCUACUAUACUAAAACUUGCUUCCUUUGCACGUGCAUGCAACGCCUUGCUUCUCCAGCUUGUGAAAUACAAUCUACAAUAUAUAUACUGUACAUUUUAUGUAGCUCUUGUUACUAGCUUUAGCACCCACAAUCAAUAGCUUAGCUCGUAGUUUAGUGUACUGUCGCUAGCCUUUACAACUGUUCUGUAUAUUGUCCGUCCCGUAAAGUUACUGCUUCUCGCUCUGCAAGCAUGCUAAUCUUGCCUAGCAUAAUCCUCUAUUGGGCUUCUAACUUCCUAUCUCUUUCUCUCUAUUGUAUCUAUCUCUUUCUGCUUGUCUGUGGCCCCUCUGACUGUAGUCAACUAUAUCUAACCUCUGUGUGUAGAUCCCAAGCAUGCCUUUCUAAACGCUUCUGUAUCCUGCUCUAUAUAAACUCUCUUUGGCUUUCUCUCUUUGGUAGCAAGUCGAUCUCGAUGACUCUGAGCUUUUCCGUUUUCUUGGCUACCCACUGUUGUUCUGUGCGUCGGUUUGAGAGAUUAUGUUGACUUGUGUCAUGGUGUUAUGUUAGUGUUUUAAUUUAAUCAUGCCCGUUGAUUAUGUAAAUCUGAUUUUGCAAGACUCUACACUUUGAUCCAAUAUAGUAUGAAAACUAUGUCCAGUUCAAUACUCCUGCUAAUCCAGUUUUUCACAUGAAAUCUUAAGUACGCUGUUCUUUCUCUGUAACAAAGCAUGAGCGCCAUAAGAAAAAUAUAUUUUGUUUUCUUCUGUCUAACCAGUUAUUGUUCAUAUGGAACAACAAAUUAACAUGUUAUGAAAGAUUCUAGUCUCUUGUCAAACAUCCAAUUGUCUUGUGUGUCGCUAUCUUGAGGAAAUUCAAAUAAAUAUUAUUGCCAAAAGU